AUGCAACUCAUCCCUACUCUUCUCGCACUUGCAGCUUUCGGUGGCGCGUACGGGCUGAGCUGUAGCGCUGCUCCUUCACUGAAGGUCAUGAGCUUCAACUUGCGAACGUCUAUCGCCAAGGACCCGUGUCCGAGUGGCUGCUGGGACCAACGCAAGUGGCGCGUCAAGCAGCUCGUGGAGAAAUACGCGCCCGACCUCAUCGGAACUCAAGAGGGAGCCCCCGACCAAAUCGAGUUCUUCCAGAGCCAGCUUUCGUUCGCCAGCACGGGGGAGUGCGCGGGCGACUGCCAAUGGAACGAGCGCGACAGCAUUUUCUACAAGGCCGAUCGCUGGGAUCUACUGGAGACGUCGACGUUCGCUUUGAGUGAUACCCCCAACGUGCUGCCAUCAAACACGUGGGGGCUCCAGUACCUGCGCGCUGCAGUUGUCGCCCGCUUCCGCGACAAGACCAGUGGUCGUGUUGUGUGCAUGUUGAACACGCACUUCGACAUCACCCUGGGUCAGCCGCAGUCGGCGGUUCUGGUUGCAGACCGGCUGAAGCAGCAUUGCCAGGCGACAGACACCGUACUCUUGACUGGCGACCUGAACGCUGUCCCUCAGAGCGCGGCGGUCUUGUACCUCGCUAACCAAGGCCCAAUCAACGGAGCCAACACGCCGAUCCCGCUGUACGAAACGCUAACUGCAGCAGGUGCAGGCGGACCUACUUGGAUCGGGUCCUCCUUCGGGGAUCACCCCGUGGACUGCAAGUACGACUACAUUUUCUCCCGCCGGGAUGACCACACCUGCCUGCGCAACGGCACCAUUCUGGUCGACACGUUUGGCGGCUAUUCCAGCUCCGACCACGCUGUACCGAUGUCUAAAUUCUGCCUUGGGACUGAGUGUUCGAACUGCAUCGCCUAG